AUGAAAGUAAAUGAUGGUCAAAUGUUGCAGUUGAAUAAGGAAAUCGGACGAUUUGCAUUUAAAAAGAAAUCUAGGUUUCGAAUGAAUCAUAACCAGUUUAAAUUUGACUUUCCAAUAGAACAAGUUUUGGAAGAAUGGAAGACACUAGAUGAAAAUGAAGACAUACCGGCUGAAGAUCAGGAGAACGAUAACGAUGAAUCGAAUAUUCUUAGUCAAGAAUCCUUUUUUGCUCCUCACUAUAAAGAUGGUAUUGAAUAUUUUUCCAUAAAAAACCCUGAAAAAGUAAAGCAAGAGUGGCUUGAAGCUAGAAAAUUAAUUAUACCACAUAUUCAGAACGUUGUAAAGCAUCUAGUUCGAGAAAAAUUUCAAAAAUGA